AUGGCGGCGGCGGGCGGCGAUGGCGGCGCGGGCGGGGCCGAUGGCGGGGACGGGCCGGCCCCGGCGGCGGCCCCGGGACGCGCCCAGGUGUUCAGCACCGUGGUGGACACGUUCCUGGAGAAACUGGUGGCCGCCGGGAGCUACCAGAGGUUUGUCAGCUGCUACCGCUGCUUCUACAAGCUGCAGCCGCAGCUGACCAGGAGCAUCUAUGAUCAGUUCAUCUCCCAGCUCCAGGCGUCCAUCAAGGAGGAGAUCCAGGAGGUGAAAAAUGAAGGGAAUCUGGAGGGACUCUUCAGUUUACUGGAUAAGAUCGUGGAGGAGGCAAAGGACCGGGAAGAGCCAGCGUGGCGGCCCAGCGGGGUCCCGGCGCGGGACGUGCGCAGCGCCCUGGUGCCGUUCCUGCUGCGGCACCGCGCCCACCUGCGCCGGGCGCUGCAGGAGCGGCAGGAGAGGAGCAGCAGCCUGGCCGAGGCCGUGCUCGCGGGGAGGGACAGCAUUGCAGAGCUGCAGCAGCUGAUCCAGGCUCGCCAGCAGGCCUGGCAGGCAAUCAGUAAGGAGCAACGAGAACUCAUCAUGACAUUCCAGGAGCCCCAGUGAUGCCCCACAGGCUCUGCUGAGACAGUUCAUCAUCCUAAAGCACUGAUAGGACAAGGUGUGUGCAGAACCCAAACUGAGAAUUACCCCAUCAGGCCACUGGAGACUGCAGAGGGACUGAAACAGUUGCUGGACUGGCACGGGUUUAUCAAAAGGAAAAAAAAAAAAAAAAAAAAAAGAAAAAAAAAUCCGUUGGGAUCUUUGGAAAUGGAUGGCAAUUCCCUAUUUCCUACUCAGCUAGACAGAGGGGUGUCACAAAGUGUGUCUGUGCUCUCAUCUGCUGCACUCGGUGCUGUGACAGGCCUGAUUCCAGUUUCCAAAGCCACAUUUGGGGGUUUGUAGCCGUUUUAGCUGUGUGUUAGACAAAAUUCAGUGCCUUAAGCCCCAGGCCAGGCUGUGCCAGGCCUGAGGAGCCCACAAGCAGGAGCAGAGUGGGUCCCAGCCAAGGAUCCUGCCUGUGCUUGCAGGUUCAUUCAGUCUGCCUGUGUUCAGAGCACUGCCCUUGCAGAUGUGGCAGCAGCUGCUGCCCCAAGUUCCUCGUUACCAUUCGUUCUGUUCUCACAGUUACUUUCUAGCCCCGGUCCCCUCCCAGCAGCCUGAGGUAUCUGUGCAGGGGUUGAAACAGCUCUGCCUCCACUUUGUGGGUUUGUAACAGGGUUUUAAUGUUUUUCCUGUGGAACCUUCUCGAGCCAGACUGGUUUUCCCCACCCAGAGCUGUCUGUUGCUGCCUCUCCUGUUUGUGGGCUGGGGAAGCCGAGGCUCCCGGGAUCUCCCUGGCAGAGCCCCACCAGUGAUGUGUGCCUGCAGCAUGGACAUGCUGUCCUGGGGCUGGGCAGGGAGGGAGGAGAGGCCCCCUGCACCUGCUGAGGACUGAGAGGUUCUGAGUCCAGCAGGCCCUGAGGGCAGAGCUCCGUGGUCUCUGCCCCAAGGAGAGGCCCUGCCCUGAGCCCAGCUCCACCACACCCCAGCCUCUGUCAGCAAUUAGAGCUGCAGUGGCUGCAGCAUUUCCCCUCUGCCUCCCCUCACUGUGCUGGAAUCUCAAUAAACUGGGGCUGUUGUUCCCA